GUGCUGGGAUUAAAUGUGCGUGCGCACCACCACACCCAGCUGCCACCCUGUUUCUGGCACUCAGAUUCUAACAGAAGUGGACCUGAGGACUUUGCCAGGCUUACUCGAGUAUGUGCUGUACAACUUUCUGUGGUGCACGUAAUAAGAUCGUGAUAACACCCUUAAAGUCAUAAUGACCACUCCUCAUGCCAUAUGGGAUCCUGUAGAUUCUCAUAACUUUUAUGGCCACUUUUAUGAUACUGUCUACCUUCUAAGUGAGAGCCCCAGAGAGUCGCUGGAACGCACUCCCUUUGUCGGAAGCUCUUAACGAGGAACAGUGCAAACCAGCUGCCUCAGUGAGGGCUCCUUCCCAUCGAGCCUUCUUAGGCGGUUGUCACCAGCUGUGGGCUUCAUCCCACAUGGCUUACCUAAACCAGUGGGAGGUGGACUUCAGUUAAUCCCACUGUUGACUGACACAUUGCUGUAAGGGUGGUAGAACAGGCAGGUACAGAGAGAAACAGAUAGUCAGUCUAUCUUAAGGAAGCCUCAAAACUCCAAAGACUCUCCAAAUUAGAAACUGUAUCCGAAAAAUAUAUACUGCUAGUAUAGAAUCAGGAAGGCAGAAGAUAAUUCAUUUGGAUUAUCAAUACACCAAUGAUGUCAAUGCAGUGAAAAUACUGUUACCUGAUCCUAGCUCCUUAGGAGAGGAGUGAGUGCCCUGAGGCAUAGAAAGUAAAAAAAAACAAAAUGUGUGGUGGUGAUCAAUGAGGUUAUAAUCUGUAACUAAACUGGUAUAUACAUUUCUUCUUUAUUCUAAACAUGACCUACUUUGUUUUUCCGUUUUUAUAGUAAUACAUAAACAUAUUCAUGGUAAAGCAAUUUUGGAAAUGGCUUUUCACUAUCCUAGGUAUCUGUUCAUUCAAGAAGGGAUUGUUAGGCUAUGUUAGUUGAAAGAGAAUUGAAGCUACAAAGAAAAUUGAAAUUGCAUACUCGGUGAUAUACUUGAGAACACUUGGAGAAAUUCUUCUCUGUUCCCUUGGGCUCAAAAUCAGAGGCAACCCUGCUUCUCUGAUCAAAUCCAAGGGAGAAGUUUGGAGGAAUUGAAACAUGUGGGUGUUUAUCCUUUUGCUUCUUUUCAUGCCUUGCCAACCAUCAGAUAAAACCUUUUUCAUGAGAGUUUUCAGAAGUGAACAAAUUAAAAUACAAUACCAUGCAAUAUUCUGCCUUAUUGGAAAGUUAAAAUCAAAGUGUAGGAUUUGUACGCAAGGACAGAUCAUCACAUUUGGGGAGUGCAGUGAAGUACUGGUAGCAGCCUGGCCCCAGGAUAGACACUUAGUAAGUGGUUAUUAAAGCAGCGAUUCUAACUAUGCAGUGGAAGGUUAGGCAAACAUUAGUAAUGAGGAUGUCAUCUCUGUUUGUCAGAAGGGAUGUGUGUUUAUGAUAGAUAGGAUUGUAGUUCGAUAUUAGUAUAUAAAGCAGGACUGGAGAAGUAGCCCAGUGGUAGAGCACUUAUCGUGUGUGUGAAGCUCUAGGCUCAGUGCCCAACGCCACGAAAUGUUUUGUGCAUACACACACCCAAUCUACCUGAGUUUUGGAGUGAUUACAACAGUAGCCCUUAGUUAAUCUUCUUGUUAGCGUCUUGAUGCCCUGAUCCAUCUCACACAGCAGCCCAUAUGAGCCCGUUCAGAGAGGGAGCUGAAAGUGUGUCCCAGCAUAGGUUGGCAUCCUCACUGGCUUUGCAUGGCUCUUAGAUGCCAACAAGAGCCAACAAAGGCCUCCUGGGUCUUGUGUGCUGGGGCUCUUGCCCUCUAGUCCAGCCUAUGGCUUGCUUCCCAGUUGCCUUUCAGUUCCAGCACCUGCUGGGUUUGCGUUGUUCUUAGAUACUUUCUGUAGCUGCUAGCUCUGCCUAGAAUGCUUUUCCACUCCCACUGUGAGCCUGUCCUUCACUUUGAGGUCUCAGCUCAAAUCCCCUCUUUCACCUUCAUGACUUAACACUAUCCUGUUAAGCUGUGUUUCCUCAUAACGGCUCACGUGGUUCCCUUUCCUACAAAAAUGUAAGUGGUGAGAAGGCAGAAUCCUUGUCUCCUGUUUUUCCUGCUCCCAAGAUCAUUGAAAAUGAUCCCACACUACUAAGUAAGCAAUGAGCAAAGGUGUGGAAGGAUAGUCCCCCAAAUGUGACUAGUGGUUAGAGGAAGGAGGAGGACUUGAGGUGGUUGUAAUUGAUUUUCCCCCUCGGUUCAUUGGGAUUCACUCAGGUCUCCAGCAGGUUCAUCUGUUCCUGUGUGUUCUUUCUAAUGACUCCAGUGCUUAGCUAGGCUAAGGAGCUGGUUCUGAGGAUCACAGACAGUUGCAGAGUGUGUAAUCUACAUGUGUGAUGCUGUGGCUGGGCCCCGAGCUAACUCCUGCCAUAUGCUUAAAGCUUUCAUUCCAAGGGAGAAGGUUUCCCCAGGUUCUGCAGUGAUUUGUCCACCCACGUCACUGUGGGGAUAAAAGCAUGUGAUAUGCAGCUAGGCACAGAUGUGCAUAGCUUGACCUCCCAGGCUCCUGCCCCCUGCCCCACUUGCCAGCUUCGCUCUGGCAAUCACAGAGUUACUUUGCUCCAGGGAAAAUCCAUUAUAAACAGCAGCACACGGGGCACUGGAGUGAGAUUUGCUUCAGUACACUGCUGUUUUCCCAGACAAUGUGUAGCUGUUAGUUCUGUAUUUAACAGUAAGGUUGGCUGGACUGUCUGCCUGUUUUCUAGAAAAUAGUGAUAGUAAUAAAAUAUAAAUGAACUAAUAAUCCACAAAUGGUCUGUGCCUUCCUCGGCUGUCUGACUGUAGCAGUAACGGAAUCCCCUGUGCUAACCUCUUCUGUCUUAGAAGUAACAGGCAUAGUAAUUUGCAGUCUUAAAACAUCAAAUUGUUUUGGAGAUUUGUCUCAUACUGGUAAACUAAGCUGGCCUUGAACUCAAGAUCCUUAUACCUCUACCCCUGGAGUGCUGGAUUAUACUCUUGCUACUGUUCCCAGCCCAGAAGUUAGUAUUUUUGUUAGUAUUUCUGUUGUUGCUGUUCACUUGUGGUUCUGUAUUUUAAAGCUGAGCUGGUGCAGUGUGUGACAUUUAUCUGAGGGACUUUGAGAACUUGUUCAGGCUGCUGAGUAACUAAACCAAAGCAAAAUUCCAAUCUCCGGCCCUAAACAAGUAAGGCCCCCAUUCAUUUGUAGUGUCCAUGAUCCAUGCUUCACCUUCCGGAUUGCAUUCUGGAAAUCUGCUCACACAGGAGAUGAGAAAGGGCCAGAAGAAAACCAACAGUAUAAAACUAACAACUAACUUAAAAACAGGAAGAAGCUGGCAUUUCAGAUGCGGAGGUCUUAUUUUUCACAUGGAUUUGGCACUGUACACUUAGGACCAGAGUCCCACAGGGUAUGCAUCUUAACCCCAGGCGAGGUAAAGGCGAGUGGAUAUGGUAAUAAACCCUGGAUUCUCCACUCCUACUACAAAUGGCAGGCGCCUGCAGAAAACACUGUCCUUCCUCGAUGUCCUUCCAGGCCAGUCCUGCAGUGUAUGUGGGGUUGGGUCAUUUACGCUCAGGAUCCCUGUGCAGACUGCUCCAAAGCAGCCCCCUUAAAGGAAAGGCCUUCAUUCUUGGACAAGUGCUCAUCUCUAAUGACAGUGGUGAUAGCAGGUCUGCAGUACCCUACUGUGGGAAAGCUACGUGACUCUGAGGUCUCCUCAGUCUCUUGGGAUCUGGUGUGUUUUUUGGGGGUGACUGACUUUUCUCCCUAGUUCCCCCACCCCCACCCACGUUCUUUGGCUUCCUAAAAACAUUCCAGGGUUUUUGUUUUGUUUUGUUUUGUUGUUGUUGUUGUUGUUGUUGUUUUUCAAGAUACCCUGAAGAAAAGUUGACUUGUCCUUAGUAGUUGCAAUACAGACCCCAGAAGAUGCAAAGCCAUGGUGUGUAAACGUCGUUUGGCAAGAAACACAGGAGCCUGGUGGCUGGGAGCACCAGAAGGAUGCCGCCUGCCUGGCUAAAAGGCCCAGCAGUAGGGCCGGCUAUUGUAAAGCCCCUCUGCCAGAUGAACAGGGACCCUUCUCUGGUCACAAUAGCCAUUCACACUGAGCAGUCUCAUUAAAUAUUCAGCCUGUGUUUCCGGCAGCUCAUUAAGGCCUCAGCAAGCAGUGACGUGGAUGCUGGAAAGCUGUGGGCUGGCCAGCAUCUCAGCAGAGGCUGCGGGAGCUGCUCCUAGGCUUUCUGCUCACUGCCUGUCCUGUGAUGACCAGUGUGUGUUCCCUGCUUUGCCUGAAGUACAGAAAAUGUUUUCAGACUGCUCAUUUCUAUGUGGAAGACAGCAGUUCACCUCGGGUGGUCCCCAACGAAAGUAUUCCUAUUAUUCCCAUCCCGGAUGACAUGGAAGCCGUUCCUGUCAAACAGUUUGUUAAACACAUCGCUGAGCUCUAUUCUAAUAACCAGCAUGGGUUCUCUGAAGAUUUUGAGGAAGUCCAGCGCUGUACAGCUGAUAUGAACAUCACUGCAGAACAUUCCAAUCAUCCAGAUAACAAGCACAAAAACAGAUACAUCAACAUUUUAGCAUAUGAUCACAGUAGGGUGAAGUUGAGACCUUUACCAGGAAAAGACUCUAAGCACAGCGACUACAUCAAUGCCAACUAUGUCGAUGGUUACAACAAAGCGAAAGCCUACAUCGCCACCCAGGGACCCUUAAAGUCGACAUUUGAAGAUUUCUGGAGGAUGAUCUGGGAACAGAAUACAGGCAUCAUCAUUAUGAUCACAAACCUUGUGGAAAAGGGGAGGAGAAAAUGUGAUCAGUAUUGGCCAAUGGAGAAUAGUGAGGAGUAUGGAAACAUUAUUGUCACACUGAAGAGCACAAAAGUACAUGCCUGCUAUACUGUUCGUCGUUUUUCAGUCAGAAAUACGAAAGUGAAAAAGGGCCAGAAGGGAAACCCCAAGGGUCGUCAGAACGAGAGGACAGUGAUCCAGUAUCACUACACACAGUGGCCUGACAUGGGAGUUCCUGAAUACACGCUCCCCGUGCUGACCUUUGUGCGGAGAUCAUCCGCAGCCCGGAUACCAGACAUGGGCCCGGUGUUGGUGCACUGCAGUGCUGGUGUGGGCAGGACAGGCACCUACAUCGUAAUAGACAGCAUGCUGCAACAGAUAAAAGACAAAAGCACAGUCAAUGUCCUGGGCUUCCUGAAGCACAUCAGGACACAGCGCAACUACCUCGUCCAGACUGAGGAGCAGUACAUUUUCAUUCACGAUGCCUUGUUGGAAGCCAUUCUCGGAAAGGAGACUGAAGUAUCUUCUAGUCAGCUGCACAGCUAUGUUAACAGCAUCCUCAUCCCAGGAGUAGGAGGAAAGACGCGGCUGGAAAAGCAGUUCAAGCUGAUCACACAGUGUAAUGCAAAGUAUGUGGAAUGCUUCAGUGCCCAGAAGGAGUGUAACAAGGAGAAGAACAGGAACUCCUCCGUUGUUCCAGCUGAGCGUGCUCGAGUGGGACUGGCUCCGCUGCCCGGAAUGAAAGGAACAGAUUACAUUAAUGCUUCUUACAUCAUGGGCUAUUACAGAAGCAAUGAAUUCAUUAUAACCCAGCACCCUCUGCCACACACUACGAAAGAUUUCUGGAGGAUGAUUUGGGAUCAUAACGCACAGAUCAUUGUCAUGCUGCCAGACAACCAGAGCCUGGCAGAGGAUGAGUUUGUGUACUGGCCAAGUCGAGAAGAAUCCAUGAACUGUGAGGCCUUUACUGUUACCCUUAUCAGCAAAGACAGGCUGUGCCUCUCUAAUGAAGAACAAAUUAUCAUCCAUGACUUUAUCCUUGAAGCUACACAGGAUGACUAUGUACUAGAAGUUCGGCACUUCCAGUGUCCCAAAUGGCCGAACCCAGAUGCCCCCAUAAGCAGUACCUUUGAGCUGAUCAACGUCAUCAAGGAAGAGGCCUUAACACGGGACGGCCCCACUAUUGUUCAUGACGAGUAUGGAGCAGUGUCUGCAGGAAUGCUAUGUGCCCUUACCACCUUGUCCCAGCAGCUAGAGAAUGAAAAUGCUGUGGAUGUCUUUCAGGUGGCAAAAAUGAUCAAUCUUAUGAGACCUGGAGUAUUCACAGACAUUGAACAAUACCAGUUUGUCUACAAAGCAAUGCUCAGCUUAGUCAGCACUAAAGAAAAUGGAAAUGGUCCCCUGGCAGGGGACAAAAAUGGUGCUGUGCUAACUGCAGAAGAAUCGGACCCUGCCGAGAGCAUGGAGUCUCUGGUGUGACUGGACCCCAGAAGGGCGCUUCAUUUGUAAACUUCUGAGACUUGUAAAGACAGAACUUUUUUGAGGCCUUUUUUGCCAGACUCUAGGUUAUACAAUAACCCAGUUACUUUUUUACACUGAUAAAAGUUUUGAUAUUUAUUUUUUGCCAUUUUAUGUCUUAAUGGUAUCCUACUGAGCAUUUGCACCUGUUCAUUUCACACAGUGAAAGGCAAGUUUACUAGUUUGCACUCUAUGAUCAGUGUUACCGCCUGUACUCUAACGCUACAGCAACCCUGAUGUGACAUUCCAUGACAGCGUACAUGCUACUAUUGUCUCCGUGCAGUGAAGGUCUUUGUUAUGACAGUGAAUCUCAGUUUUGGUGUUAUUCUAAAGCAGCUGCGUUUCCCUCGCAGGCAGCCCUGUCCUUCCUCAGUCUCCCUCUAUUUUUAGGCACUGUUCAAUACUACACGCCUUCUGUUUUCCUGGAGUGGAUGGGCAUUGUUUCCUUUUGCAGGACAGCAGGUUAGUGGGAGCCCCUAAGAAGUCUGUGAACGUUAGUUCCAUUUGCAGUGGUUGAGGAAUCCACUAAGAAGUAAAGAGGGCUUAAGAGUUGCUUCGUGUGAACAUCUCUUAUUAGUUACCAAGUUAUAUUCACAGUUGAAAUGUGUCAAAAUAAAGAAUCAUUCUGUAUUACAGAUUUCACAGUAGCUAUGUGAACAGUGUGUGUUAUUUCCAUUUUGACUCUCUGAAGUAGCUACACCCUAAAAUCAGGGCUGUCUUUUACAAUGGAAAGGUGACACUAUUUCAUACAAUUUACUUAUGACACCCUUUAGUUAAUCUCCACUAAGGCUUUUUGGUAUAUAGUACCAUACCUCACAGUAGCUACAACAACAGGAAAAAAUAGAUAUUUAAAUUUAGUAUUCAAAAAACCCCUACUAACUACUCCUAUAGCAAUCUAAUAAAAAAAAAAACUACCUACAGACAGCAUUCUUUUCUCUUUUUUUUUUUUUGCCAAAUGUUUCAUAAUCUCUUAAUUACAUAAUACUCUACUUAAGAUUGAAAUGGAAAUAUAUUUGGGACUAAUUCCUACAGAUGGAUUGGUCUUAUUUGGAGAGAGAAAUUUGAGUCUUAAAGAGAAAAUUCAGUUUUUGGAUGAAAGGUGACAUCUCCAUUGUAGAGUCGGCUUUAUGAGGAGAGUUGUGGAUAUUCGGGAGCAGAUCUCAUCUGUAGAGGUGACAGGAGUCAUUAGUCAGCGCUAGGUCUGGCUGGAGCUGCUCUCAGCCCAUAGCACAUCAUGGGAAAACUGGAAGCAUUAUUAAGAAAUUUCAUUUGAGUUUGUUUAAAACAAAACAAAACCCACUGUGCUAUUCACCAAGACCUGUAUCUUCCCUUUCCUGUCUCCUUUCUAUCAGACUUGAAAUCAUCCCCCAAGAUUGGGCCCAUGAAGAACAGGGUUUGAUUUCCUUAUUAUGCCAGGAGCUUGACCAUGAUGCCCUGCUGCCGCCGUCACUAUGGGGCAGCAUUGCCGCGGGAAUGAGGCUUUGUUCUUCUCGAGUUGUUUUUCUGAAACUAGUUACAGAAGUGCUGGAGAACCAGAGCUAAGGAGAGGGUCCCAGGCCGAGUCCAAGGGUUUCUGUGCAUGGGCCAGGCCCAUGGAGUCCCAUGAAGAUAAUUAGUGCAGACUAACCUAAGCUUUUGAACACACAGAGAACCGAGAAGGUGGUUUUCAGGAAUGGUGACCAGUUAAGCAGAGUCUGUAAGGUGUCUGCUAGAUAGCACAUUGAACACAUUUACUAACGCACGCAUGCGCGCGCGCGCGCACACACACACACACACACACACACACACACACACACACACACACACACACACACACAGCCCACCAGAGGUAUCACCCUGCACAAUUCAAAAAAGGACUGACUGUAGAUACAACUCUAGGGCUGAGCGAAAUAAUGAAGGAAAAAGAUUCAGAUCAUGGUAAGAACUAGAAUUUCCUAGCCAAUUAAGCAUUCUUUUUGCUGUACACAGAUCUGAUAUUAGCUGAUGUUCUUCAGUUAAAUGCUCUGCCAUUCGGAAUUAACAUUCGAGUUGGAGUUCACAGUCUCACAAUUUUCCCUUAAUAAAAGUAACAUUGUUUAGAGGACAAAUAGCAAGUAUUACUUUCUGUGCUAUUCACACAGGAGAUCCGAUUUGUGGAAGUGCAUACUCCUCACAACCCUGGGACUGUUUCUUACAUGCGAGAGAGAAUAAGGAGGAAUGAGGGGUUAAAUACGUAAAACAGAAAUAAAAUCAAGGGGAAUCAGAGGCUCUCUGUGGGAAGCCUGUAUAUCCACAGCAGGCUUGAACCAGAGCCUGCAGAUCCCAGCCUCCCGGCCCAUUUUGCCAUAGUGGUCCACACACCCUUCACCGAGGAUAGUUACCUUCAGCCGUCCUCAGCCCUCACUUGUACCACAAUUUUUUGCUAUUGGCAAAAAUAUUUUGCAUCUUUCCAGAGGCAGAGCGUUCCAAAGAUGUUGUUUUCUUUGAGAUAUAAGCGCAUUGCUUAAGUACAUAUUAAGGUUGUAACCACUUAAAAUCAACGGGAAAGAAUAGAGCUGUUGCUGGAGCUAAUGUUCCUAAGCUAAGCUGUUUGCAUGUAUAAUUUAUCUCUGGGGAAACGGAAAUACACAAACCAAAUGAAGCUGAAUUGUUAAAAUUAGAUCAGGCAGACAUGCUGGACAUCAAAGAUGUAUUAAAGACAUCAGACCAUAAUACCAUCUUUAAUGUUUUUAUAUGUUACCUUCUGAAUCUCAAGAAUAGUACAGUUCAUUCAGUGGUUCUUCUAAACUUUGUGCAAGCUUUGAGAGCCUGUUUGAAUAGAAAAGUCCAGCGGGGUCAAAUGAAGUUAAAAGUGUUCAAGAUGAAAGAAGGGUCAUGGCGUUCAAGGUCUGGUUGGUCAUUUUUACCCCAGAGUGACAAUGAAAUCAGUAAGAUUUGUUUUAUAAAGACACAGCACAACUGCCUUCUCAUGACUUUUUCUUAAUUGCAUAUAUACUAUAUUUAAAAUUAGAAUAUAGAUACCAAUUUACCAAAGAUACACAUUACUAAUUCUAAGCAAAAAAUAAAAAAUAAAAAGAAACCCAAAUGCAUCAUAAUUUAAGAAAAAGUAAUCAAAAUGUAGUUGUCUUAAGGCUUUUACAAUUAAACUGGAAAAUGCAUUUUCAACCCCAUGUUCUAAAUUUUCUGUUCAAAUGGUGCCAGUAAAUUUUUAUAUGAAGGGGAAAAUGCCUGCUUUUUUUCUUUAUAGCAGCUAUAAUUUCUCAUAACCCUUUGCACUUCCCUUAGUUACCACUCAACACACAAUAUUGGCUUUAUUUAUCUCUAGAAAGAAGGCAUGGUAAAAAAAAAA